AAUAGCGUGGUUCUAUAAAUCCAGUGUCCAAUUUGUUUUCUUCCUUCCCCUCCUUCCAUAAUUUUCCCGACAGUUUCCUUCGGAACAAAGCCAUGGAUCGUCUCAGCAGCUUUGGCGCAACCAAAGAGAUACUCCAAGCUCAAUCCCACCUCUACAAUCUCACCUCCAUCUUCGUAUCGUCCAUGUCUCUCAAAUGCGCCGUCCAGCUUUGCAUACCGGACGCCAUAAACGACCACAAGCGGCCCAUCACUCUUCCCGAGCUGGCCUCGGCGCUCCGAAUUCACCCGUCAAAAACCACGUGCCUUCUCCGCCUCAUGCGCGUUUUGGUUCAUUUACACAUAUUCGCUGAGACCCUUGUUCCCAAGCACGGAGGAGGAGAAGGAGAAGAAGUUAAAGCCUACGUUUUGACGCCUUCUUCAAGUUUGCUUUUGAGCGAUAAAGCCACGGGGCUCUCGCCGUACAUCGUGGCCAUGCUCGAUCCGGCUCUCAUGGCUCCUUGGCAUUUCCUUGGAGAUUGGUUCCGAGGGAAUCAUGAAAACAAUUGCAGCAACAAAUUGACCAGCCCUUUCGAGGCUGCACAUGGAUUGACCCUAUGGGACUAUGGUAGGAAGAAUUCUGAAUUUGGUGAUGCAUUCAGUGGAGCGAUGGCCAUUGACUCCCAAAUGAUGGAUGUUGUCAUGAAGGAUUGUAAGCAUAUCUUUCAGGGGUUUGAUACUCUGGUGGACGUCGGAGGAGGCACGGGCACAGUUGCGAAGAUAAUCUCCGAGGCAUGUCGAGGAUUGAAGUGCACGGUGCUUGAUCUCCCGCAUGUGGUUGCCGGCUUGCCAGAGAGUGAGAAUGUGAAGUUUGUUGGCGGUGAUAUGUUCGAGUUCAUCCCCCCUUCGGAUGCUAUUUUGCUGAAGUCGAUAUUACACAAUUGGAGCGACGCGGACUGUGUGAAGGUGCUACAAAAAUGCAGAAAAGCGAUCGCUGGCAAGAACAACGAGGGAGGGAAGGUGAUAAUCAUAGACAUGGUGAUAGGCGAUGACAAGGAUGACGAUGCCGAAGCAACUGCGACGAAGCUCUUCUUCGACAUGUUGAUGAUGACGGUGGUCACCGGAAGAGAGAGGACCGAGAAAGAGUGGGAAGAACUUUUCUUGGAGGCCGGCUUCAGACAGCACAAGAUAACUCCUAUGUUCGGAUUACGGUCUCUCAUUGAAGUCUUUCCGUAGGGAUUCAAAAAUUGUGUCGAUUUGCAAGCACCGCUUGUAAAUUCAUUAAGUACUAAGAAGUUGUACUAAUCUUGUUUGAUCUUUAUAAUGACAUUUGGUUAUGGAUAUUCGUUAUGUCUAAA